AUGGUCAGUGCCAAGAGAAUUGCUCAACUAGCAAAGAAGUGGCAAAGGGUAGCAUACCUCAGCAGGAAGCAGCUUACCAUGACGGCGACAAAAGAAGCCGAAGGGUGCUCAAUGGCAGUGGCAGGCAAGAGCCACUGUGUCAUGUACACAACUGAUGACGAGAGGCGGUUUGAGGUGCCAUUGGCGUACCUUGGCACGAUGAUCUUCAGAGAGCUCAUCCAUAUGUCUCAGGAGGAGUUUGGUCUUGUAAGCGGUGAUGGCAGAAUGAUGUUGCCCUGUGAUGCCACGGUGACGGAAUACAUUAUGAGCUUGCUUGGAAGAAAUGCUUCAGUGGAGGUUGAGAAGGCAUUCUUGAGCUCCAUGGCGAUGCCAUGCCACCAUACAAGCUGCGUAGCACCAUCUCCGGGUGUUAACCAACAAAUGGCUGUUUGCGGCUCCUAG